AUGUGGUUCUCAACACUCUCGCUCAUCUUCGGUGGGUGCUGCUCCAACGCCGUAACCCUCGAGCACGUAACAUCCCAAUACCCAAACUCCGGCUCCCUCAUCACCUUUCUCCAAUUCUUCCUCAUCUCUCUACACGGCUUGCCCACCCAUCUAACAUGGACACGCUACGGUCCACGUUUCAAGCCGCGCAGAAUCCCACUGACACCGUAUCUGGGACAAGUAGCCCUGUUCUACUUGAUCUCGUUGUUGAAUAACGCGGCGUUCGCGUAUCAGAUCCCCAUGCCUGUCCAUAUCAUCUUUAGAAGUGGGGGAUUGGUGAUUAGCAUGCUUCUUGGAUGGCUGGUCUCGAACAAGAGGUAUUCGUUCACCCAGAUCCUAUCUGUGUUAAUGGUUACACUCGGAGUAGUCUUAACGACACUCUCCGCGUCCCGCUCCACUUCUGCUUCCCCAUCAUCAUCAUCAUCAUCAUCAGCUGAAACUAACCCAUACAUAUACGCUACAGGAAUAUUAAUCCUAACCGUCGCCCUCAUCUUCUCCGGGUUCCUCGGGAUCCUACAAGAUUGGACAUACACAAAAUAUGGCCGUCCAACAACCUCAUCGACUAGCAGUACCAACGGUUCCGCAUCCCCUUCACAACAAGCUCUCCCAGCAUCAUGGCAAGAAUCCAUGUUCUACCUGCACUUCCUAGGCCUCUUCCUCUUUCUCCCCCUCCUCCCCGACCUCAAAUCACAAAUCAGCGCUAUAAACCACCGCAGCCCGCGUACCCACUUCUCUGUCCCCCUUCCCUCUUCCAUCACCUCUUUCCCAUUCAUAAACCUAAACCUCGGAACUUCAAUUCACAUCUCCAUACCAACCCCAUACCUCCCCCUCCUGCUCAACACCCUCACCCAGCUCCUCUGCAUCGCAGGCGUCCACAUGCUCACGACGCGCGUAAGUGCACUUACUGUGACCCUUGUCCUUGUUGUGAGGAAAGCGGCGAGUUUGGUGUUGAGUGUUAAAGGGGCGGUGCUUUGGAGUGUUAUCGCUCGUUUUAGUGGUUUGGAGGGAAGUGGGGUUGGGAUGGGGGGGAAGUAUGGAGAUGUGGAUGGGAGGAUGUUGUGGAGCGGCGCUGUGAUGGUUAUGGCGGGUACUGUUGGGUAUACGGUGGGUAUCAAGAGGAGUGAGAAGAUAAGGACGAACUUGAAGGAGGAGUGA